AUGCCGAUACCUUACACCAAAACCUCUACAAUCAGCCAAGGCACCACUCUCCCGACGGAACCGUUGCGUCCGCGUCUGCAUAGCUGGAUUCAAAUCAAAGUUGACGACGACGAACCCGAUGACUGUGGAGUUGAUAUCGCCGCAAAUAUUCUUGUCAUGGAUGAUUUGUGCUCCUGUUCUGCAGAUUUUGGCUUUUCCUUGUUCGGGAAUCACAGGCUCCCGACAGCUCUUCUAGGAUGUGCAAAGGAAGCCCCCCCCCCCGAGUACAUGAAUUCUACACUAUUUGAUCAAUCAUACAUCACAGCUAGGGAUGUCUAUGCCUAUGGAUGCAUUCUUGUCGAGGUAGGACCAACAGUGCACCGUCACCACGCUCUUAUGGCAUUUUCCCAAAUCUUUACUGGCAAGCCACCUUUAAGUGAUAUCAAGAAAGAAGCUCGUGUUAUACACGAGACCCUAACAAAUGGAAGUCUCCACCGAGACCACCCGGCCAGACGCGAAACAGAUUUCAGUAAUCUUAGCACAAGCAACCCUCAGGCCUGUGAAGAUUUACUUGGCGCACGUUCUGUCUUGGAGGACAAAGCAGGCUUCCCGGACGAUGAUCUCUUUGUCCUCGACAUGCCAUCCUGGGAGUGUCAAUCCUCGGACUCGAAGGAUGACAUAUCCAAAGGAAGGGAAUUAUGA